GUGGGUCACUGUGCUCGGAUCCGUUUCAAGUCAGAGCCUUGUGCCCCCAUAGGCAGAGUCGAAGUCUUCUCGCCCAAAGUUGGAGGCAUCUUCCCUCAAGCCAGAAUCUUCUACCCCACAGUUGGCGUCUUUAACCCCAAAGCUGGAGCCUUCUGCAACCCAAACCCGGAGUCUUCAUCCUAAAAACAGAACCAAGUACCCCAAAACCAGAGCCUUCUUCCCAAAAGCCAGAACCUUCUACCCUACUGCCAGAGCUAUCUUCCCUGACGCCAGAGUCUUCAUCCCCAAAGCCGAAGCCUUCUUCCUCAAAGCCACAACCUUUGACCCCAUAGCCGGAGUCUUCUUCCCCCGAGCCGGAAUCUAAGCUGGAGCCUUGUUCCACAAAGUAGAAGUCUUUUACCCCAGAGCCAGGGUCUUUAUUUAUUUGCCAAACCGGAGGCUCCUUCAUCCCUGAAGCCACAGUUUUCUUCUCCAGAGCCGGAACCUCGUGGAAGCCCGUAAGGAGAUGGAUCAGACCAAGUACGGCGUCCAGGAGAAGCUGGAGAUCGUGGGGAUGGAGGACGAGGAGGGUAAGCCCAUCAGCGCCCUGAGCAUCCUGUCUCUGCUGGAGCGCGUGGCCGGAAUCAUCGACAACGUGCAGUCGGGCCAGGAGCGCAUGGAAGAACGUCAGCUGGACCUGGAGAGCAACAUCCGCAGCAUCCAGGGCGAUGUCCUCAAGUUGGCCAAGGAGCACGCCGACGCCAGCGGAUGCCUGGACAAGCUGCUGCAGAAGACGCGCAAAGUCAGCGCCAACGUCAAGGACGUCCGAGUCCGCGUGGAGAAACAGAACGGUCGCGUCAAGAAGGUCGAAAGCACCCAGGACGAGCUGCUCGUCAGGAACAAGUUCAGAGUCGUCAUCUACCAGGGCGAGGCCGAGGUUCCUUCAGUGGCCGUCACCAAGAGCCCCAAGGGGGGCCUGGAGGAUCUGGAGCUGGAGCCCGAUUCCUACGACGUUCCCGCCGACCUCUCCUCCGACGAAGAGUACCUGAGCGUGGAGGAGGCGGACCCUUCCCGGGCGGCCCGAUUCAAGAAGUCCAUGGUGAAGAGCACGGAGACCCUGAAGGCGGCCUUCUCCAAGGAAAACAUGAGCAAGACCAAAGACAACCUGGGCACCAAGUUCCACCACCUGGGCGAGAAGGUGAUGCCGCCCGAGCGCCGCGAGAAGAUGCACCAGGCGGGCGAGCGCCUCAAGCAGAGCGGCGAGCGCUUCAAGGAGAACAUCGCCAAGAAGGCGCCCACCAAGGAGAGCUUCAAGAUCAAGAUCAAGAAGGAACGCGCUGUGGCCGAGGGCCAGGAGGGCGCGGACGCCGAGGCCGAGGCAGAGGCCCCGCCCCGGCCCCGGCCGGAGCCCGCCUACACCGAGGUCGUCACGGAGACCAAGAGGGAGGGGCCGGCGGACCAGGUCAACGCCGCCAAGAGAGCCGAGCUGGAAGAUGAUUACGGGAAUUAGACAACAGCGGCGGCAAGAAGACGGAAAGUAGAAAACCACGAUGGGAAGGUUACGGGAAGUAGAUCACCAUUACAGGUUAAUUACAGGAAGUAAACCACCAUUUAAGUUUAGGAGACGUAGAGCACUAUUGCAGGAAGUAGACCAUCACAACAGGAAGUGGACCCCCUUUUACAGGAAGUAGACAACAGAAGACGACAGCAUCUCUGUGAUUGGUUUGUUCAAUGGCCGCUCACGGCUUUUUCAUCCUUCGCUACUUUGGAGUGUGUUUUAUGAAACAUGCUAACUUGGGCAUUUUUAAACCAUACAAGGUCGAUGACACCGAUGACUAAAAUUAAAACAUUAAAAAUGCAAUUACACAUAACGAAAUGUCACUUUUGGUGGGCUUUGCACAGUAAAACAUUUAAAAUGUCUCCAGUUGGUCUCGACAUGUAAGAAAAACUGUCACGUUUGGUUGUCAUGACGUAUGUCAAAUGUUGAAAGGGGCGUGGCAUCAUGAUUUGACAGCUGUUGCGCAAUGAAUUGACUUCUGGUAAGAUUGUGUCGUGUGUGUGUGUGUGAUCG